AUGUGUUUAGAGAAUAGCUGUGACGAAAUUAUUUGUUGCAUUUGUGCAUCGGUGGGUGCUCUACUUUGUUGCAAAUUCUGUAAAGAUCGAGAAAAUCGUACGAGCGUUCAUUACUCUUCAUCACCUCCCCUCUACCGUCAACCUACUGGUCGUUUACCUGAAGAACAUAUAUAUGGUCAACGUUUAUAUCAUCAAACACCAUUGCAUCCUGAACAUUAUCCUCAACCGCAUCACAUACCCUACGAUUAUCCUAUGCGAGGAAAUCGUAUACCACCAUCUCAUCAAGGCUAUACUCGUCACGAUCUACCUUCACUGCACGCUAAACAACAGGCUGUACUGUAUAAAUGA